GGCACGUCUGAAUUUGAUGUGCUGGGCAAUCCGUCAACGGAGAUAUCUGUCACCGAUCUGCCGUUUUCGCCGCGGAAGCCUACAGCACCUGCAAGGGAAAUGCUUAUUGAUGUGGCGACUUUGCCAGCGGGCAGGAAGGUAGGCUUGUUGAAAGCAAAGGUGGUGGCGGCGGCGCCGGCAAAGUCCGUCAUCGUCCGAGGCACAGAGAAGGUGGUCAGGCGGUGUACCGUGCGGGACGGUACUGCCCAGAUGUCUCUCCACAUCUGGGAGAAACAAGCCGAUGCCGUGACGCUGCAGGCGUCCUAUGCCUUGUCAAACCUAACGACUCGAGUCUUCGAGGGGAAGGUCGAGUUGACUUCGACCAGGGAAACCGUCAUUGACAGGAUCCCCGACUUGGAUGUCGGGGAGGUGGAGGAUGUAGCAGAGGAGUCGGCUAUUUCCGUUGGCGCCGCGGUCUCGGGCGUCGAAAUGAAGGCCGCUUUCAAAUGUCCCCUGUGCAGAAGCCGGCAAGAGGCUUGGGACCAGCGGACCCGCUUUGCAAGGUGCAAUAGCUGUAAAAUGCUACAGAAAUCGGACUCCUUCACCAAGGAAUGGCGCGGCACCUUAAAGGUCAAAGACAACGACGGCACAGAAUAUACCUUGACGGCAGGACACUCAGUCUUAUUGCCGUAUUUGCAGCUACGCCACCUGGAUCCAGUACAAGAGACGAUCGAGGAGCAGUUCCUGGGUGAGGAGUAUCUCCUAUUUUCAUUCGACGACGAAUGUAACAUCCUAUCAAUAAAUAUUCC